ACCAUCGGGCAUUCGAUGCAAAUUCAACAUACCAAAUUAUAAAAGAUAUUAGCUUUUAGCAAGAUGUAUUUUUCUUCGAUAUUUUGGUGUACUUGUAUAUUAUACUUAGCAGAGAGCAGUCACUUUCGUGGGGGCAUUAUAACAUGGAAGCCGGCUGGAAAUAACCAGAUUGAGAUUAACUACAGAGUUGGUUUCCGUAGAAGUAGAGCUCUCCAUAUGUGCGAUGAGAACACAAUCCAAAACGGGACAUUACUCUCUGGUGAAGGGGCUUUGACGUGCCUAAAAGGAUGCAGUGGAUCAAUUACUACUAUGUCCUAUUACUGUACCGACUUUAGUACAACUGAAGACUGGACAACAGGCACCAACAGCGUUAAAUACAAUCUUUCAACUGCAAUUGACAGCCUUCAUUUCGGUUUUUCGGGCUGUUGUUGGAUAAAUUUAGUUGAAGGCGGUUCAAGCUGGAAAAUGCGGACAAUAGCAGAUUUGACCAUACGAAAUGAUACAGGGAAAAUAAAUUCUUCUCCAAUCUCUGCAAUGCAGCCUAUUAUAAGAUUCAGUUAUGGAUGUGACUAUACAUUGAAAAUACCAGUUUCUGAUGAUGAUGGUGAUGUUGUAAAGUGUCGGUGGUCUACAAAAACUCCAAAUGAUGAAUGCGGUGGAGUAUGUGAAACACUGAGUGGUUCUUAUUUAGAUGAGAGUUCAUGUAUUUUGACCUACAAUGCAACAACAUCCGUUGGUUGGUAUGCUGUAGCUUUGCAAAUCGAAGACUUCAAGAAUCCUUCCGAUACAGUUCCUUUAAGCAGUGUUUCUAUGCAGUUUCUGAUUGUUGUUGGUAAUUCAAGCGAAAUGUGUGCCUCGAGACCAGUUUUACCGACCAAUAAAAUAACUGACGGUUUGGUUCAUCAUAUUUCUGACAACAAUAUUUUUAAUGAGACGAUUAUUGCUAGAAGUGGUUUGGAAACAUUAAGAGUAACAGCAAUUGACACAGUUUCACCUAUAGGAAUGAUUAAAUCAGAGUUGUUGCCAUAUGGAUCGACUGGUAGAGAAUGGUUUGUGACAGUAACUUGGAAACCAACUAAAAUCCAGGUUGGCAGCCACUUGUUUUGUUAUACGGCAGUCGAUGAUAAAGGUCAAACAUCAGAACAGAUAUGCGCUAAACUUGUGGUAGAUGGUGAAGUGGCUGAUGACCUCGAAAAUGACGAUAUGAUAGUUCUCAAUACCGGCUGCAAUGCUUUCAAAACACCAGACGAUGUCGUUACGAAGUGCAGUGAAGCGGUAGCAGCCGACCCGCCACUGUUUUACCUGGAGUCAAGUUGCCCUUCGCAUUUUGUUCAGUGUAACGAGCGUGGAAUUGCAUAUAUUAUACCCUGUGCUCCAGGAACCGAAUGGAGCCAGCAAAAGAUGACAUGUGUACAUACAGUAGCUGAUGAUGCGACUGAUGACCUUAAAACUGACGAUGUAAUAGUUCUCGAUACCAACUGCAAAGCGUUCAAAACACCAGACGAAGUCGUUACAAAGUGCAGUGAAGCGGUGAAAGCCGACCCGCCAUUGUUUUACCUAGAGUCUAGUUGUCCUUCACGUUUUGUUCAGUGUACUGCGCAUGGAAUUGCAUAUAUUAUGCCCUGUGGUCCAGGAACUGAAUGGUGCCAGCAAAAGUUGACAUGUGUACAUACAGGAUCUUGCAAGCCUUGAUUUUAAUUAUUCUACCAAAUACUUAGAGGACUUUACCAGUCUGUUCAUACUUUAUCUAUCUUCUGAUUUUUUUGGUCAUAUCCUUGACAUGUCUAAUGAACAUUAUUAGACAGAAUAAUAGAUUAGUGCGUGCGAGUAUUAUUAACAUUGUUUCCUUACAUAACAAUUUGAAUGUGUGUUUCUAAACUGGUCACAUUUUUUCUUAAUUCUAUUUUUUGUUUAAUCUUUUAUCUCUAAAGAACAUUUAUUUGUUGAUUUAUCUUAUCAUCAUAUCAGACUUUUGUAUGACUUUAAUAUAACAAAUUCAUUGUAUAUAAACUGCAUCGUAUAAUAAAUGUUUUUUUUCUUG